AUGGCUUUUAACAAAGAAAAGAAAGAAUCCAUUGUUGAUGAUGGUAAUGCAAUAGUAUAUCCGUCUGAUUAUUCUCGUGCUUUAGAUGAUAGUUAUUUAUAUUUUAUAAAUUUAUUAACAAACGAUCUUGAAAUUGCUCGUAUUUUUGGAGAAUGCCUUCCUAUAACUUCACAAGAUUUAUUUAGUAGUCUUAUUUGUGAUUUGUUUUGUGAAGUUCAUGUAAUUGAUGACUUCAUUGAAUUAUUAUUAAAACAAGAAUUUCAAACAAAUGUACUAACAGCAACUUUAUUCAGAACAAAUAGUUUAUGUACAAAAGUUCAAACAGCAUAUGCUAGAAAAGAAUGUCAAAACUUUAUGAUGGAAGUAUUUCAACCAAUUAUUCAAAAGGUUAUUGCAAUGCCUCCUCUUGAAUUAGAUCCUAUCAAACUUCAAACACUUCAUCCAAAUAAAACUGAAGAACAAUUAACUGAAGAAGCAAAUAAUAAUCUUCAAAAAUUAGAAGAUUUAAGUGAUGAAGUGAUUGCAACUUUAAGAAGACAUUUACGAAAUACUCCAACUCCUCUUUCAGUUAUGUGUCAUCAAAUUAGAGAAUCUUGUUUUUUAUAUCAUACAGAUGAUCCUGAUAUUGCUCUCUCACUUAUUGGAGGUUUUGUAUUUCUUAGAUUAUUUUGUCCUGCUUUAGCUGCUCCAGAAGGUUCAAAUCUUUGUGGUACUGCUAUUGUCCCACCAACAGCAAGAAGAACAUUAAUUCUUUUAACAAAAAUCUUACAAAAUAUUGCUAAUAAUGUUAGAGAAACAAAAGAACCUUGGAUGAUUAAUUCAUUACCAUACGUUAUGUCUAGAGGACCUGCUCUUCAAGCUUAUUUAAAAGCAUUAUCUAAUGCUGGAAUUAUUAAAACAAAACCAACUAUUAUAUUUGAAGCCUCUCAAAUUAAUCCACCUCUUGUUAUUGAACUUCAUAGGCUAUUAAAUGAAGCAGUUCCAAAUUUAACUACUCUUAGUGAAAAAGGAGCACAACAAGUUUGUCGUAGACUUCCAUGGAGUAAGUAUGUAAGAAGACCAUCAACAAGAGCAGUUCGUUUACCUGAUCCUCAAGGUCUUCUUAAAAAUGCAGAUUUAUUAGGACCAUCUCCACGUACAUAUCAAUUGAAAAUACCUAAAUUUAUCGGAAAUGCACCUACUGGUGAUCCAUUUAGAGAUUUUCUUUCAUCACAACAUGUUACUGUUUAUAUUGGAAGAAGUCCAAAACAAGAGGCAUUAUGGUAUGUUUCAUGUGAAAGAGUAGCACAAGGAAUGAUGGAACGAGGAUUUCUUACAGGAUAUACAAAAUUAAAACAAUUUAUUCCAGAUAAUGAAAUUAUAAUUUGUGAUUUUGCAUGGGUUGUUCUUAAUCAAGUUGAUGCUAUUGCUGAUUUUGUUAAACAUCUUGGAACAGGUAAAAUAAUUGGUAUUAAUGCACACCCUUCUAUUAGAAAACAAAUCCAAACAGUUUUUUCACAAAUUACAUUUGAAGAAAAAGAGGAAAUAAGAAAAGCAUUUGGUGAUAUUCCAAAAGUUCCAGAAAGUUUAAUUUAUGAACAAAGAGAUUAUCCAGUUAUUCAAAAAGAUAAAAAGAAUGAACGAGUUUUAAGAAUUGGAUAUACUGCAAUUUAUAUUAUUGAUCCAAGAAAUAGAAAAAUUAGUGAAAAAUUAGCAUAUAAAGAUAUUGGAGAAUUUAUUGGGUUUUCAAAAACGGGAGCAUUCCAUAUAAAUCAUAAUAAUGGAUUAUAUUGUUUUACUUUAAAAUCUGCUUUAGAAAGAGGUCAAGUUUUAGCAGAUAUCUAUAUGGCUAAAACGUCUCGUCGUUCAUUGUUUUCUCGUGUUGUAGAUUUUGAAUUUCUUGCUACUUUAGUAGGUAAAAAAGGAGAAAAAGAAAUUGAAUGUACAAUUAUAGUAACACCAACUGCUUUAUUACUUGUGAAUAAUAAAAUUAUUGAUAGAGAAAUAUGUUUUUGUGCUAUUGAUACUAUUGAUUGGACAAUUCAAUCAGAUAAAGGAGUUUCAAGAGAGGUUGUUAAAAUUGAAUGCCGUUCUAAUAAAAAGGAUGAAAUCAUUUCUGAUAUGGUCAGAAUUACUGUACCAAAAGAUGUUUCUGAUCAAUUCAAAGAAAUUAUCAAUUCUGUUGUGAUACAACAUAAGUGUUAA